AUGGUCGGUCUUCUCGGCAUCAUGGUCAAUACCAGCGGCCUCAGCUCGCCCGAGGUACUUACUUGGAGAGAGAUCGUCGGAUAUCUUUUCAGUCGCAAGGAUGUUCCAAGAGUUCUUGGUCAGGCAGCCGGACUCUCCAACACCGGCUUCUUGAGGACCAGCCUUCAAAGGGCAGCCGGAUCCCAGGUCCCAGAUGUUCAGUUUUCACUCAUUCUGGCCGGUUCCUCCAGUCUUAAGGCAUUGCGACAGGUGCGUUUAUACGCCAACUAA